CUUCUCUCAGCCGCUAAACUCACCAUUCUCGCAUUGGCCCUGCCCUUCAUUGCUGGCUUCGCUUCGUCGCUCAGAAGAGCAAAACUUGUACGGAAGUACUGGCUGCAACCCACAGCCCACCCACAUGCCCUGAGCUCGCUUCCGAGGUGCUGUGUCCUUCUUCUGUCUGCUUCACCCGGGGGGUAUAUAACACCGAGCGAGGGGGAUUCACUUCUUCCUGACGGGCAAUGGACAAUUCGCAGCGAGACUUGGCAUCUACUGCAAAUAGGACCAGGCCAGCAACAACGGCCUACGACGUUGAGAGUGACGCGCCAGGAGAGACUACCGCCCUACUCGGCACAAGCACCCAGCAGCUAGAAUCACCACCCAGGCCAUACCCACGGAUAGCACAGGCCAUGCGCUCCUUUGCAGCACUCUUACUGGUCAGCCUAGUCAUUGGCAGUGUGUAUGCCUUGGCAGCAGCACCUCAUCCCCGCAGAUCCGAUGGCACGCCGACCUCUGGCAAGAAAUCCUCCUCCUCCACCUCCUCCUCGUCUGGCUUUCCCACCUACACUGCCCCCAGCGCAUUCCCCACAAAGGCAUUCAGCGAUGGCUACUACUACCUGCCGGGCGACUUCACCGCCGAGCCAAGACCCAUCAUUACAAACAUCAAAGACCACUCCGUAUUCCCAGACUCGUUAGACGAUCCGCAUCAGCUCCCUACCGGCGCGCCGGCUUCGGAAGCCGUCUACCCACGACCCUCUGCAUCGCCGACGCCAGGCAUGAAGAAUGCCGCCUUGCAAAAGAUCCAAUCCAUCAUAGACGACUCCACUUCCGGGGCAACGAAUUGCACAAAGUGCACACAAGCACUCAAAGUCGGCCAGAAGCUGGUCAGGGCUGAGCCCCACUCCGGACCAGAAUUGAUGGUCUCCCUCUGCAAGCAGUAUCGCUUUGCCUCUACCAAGUCUGGCCUAACGCAGGAUGAGAUUUGCGAGAGGGAGUAUGCUCCAAGUACACUGGGCGCGCAGUACACGUCCAUCUUGAGCUAUGCGAAUUUGAGUGAUGUAGAUGGCCAGGCAAUCUGCGCUUCGGUCUUCUCCGCAUGCACUGCACCACCGCCCUCUACGCUCACAAAGGCAUUUGUGAAGAAGUGGUUCAAGGGCCAUGAAAGUGCGCCCAAGAACCUCAGUAAGAAGACUGGCAAGCCACUAGAGGGAAAGAGAAAGGGCGAGAUGCUCAAAGUGGCGCAUCUGAGCGAUCUUCACGUUGACCCUCGAUACCUAGUCGGCGCAGAAGCGGCCUGCACGAGUGGGCAAUGCUGCAGGGCUGAUUCGUUCAACAGCACCGUCGCAUCUACUUUCAAGGGUGGGCUGAAUAGUUCCUCGACGAUCAACCCUGCUGGUUAUUGGGGAGAGUACACUUGCGAUCCGCCUUGGUCGAUUGCGGUGACGGCUUUGGAUGCGGUGACGCCCUUGAAUGGAGGGAAGGAUGUGGACAUGACAAUCCAUACUGGUGACAUGACCACUCACGAUGCCGACUACCACUACUCUCAUGCCCUUGUCAACCAAGCCGAGCAAGCCAUCCACGACCAGAUGAGACGUGCCCUCGGCUCCGGCCCCAUCUUCACCGCCCUUGGCAACCACGACUCUUCACCUCAGGAUGCCGUUUCCUCAAACACCCUGCCAGACGGGCACGACACCUUUAGUUGGAACUACGAUUAUGUCUCCAAGCUAUGGGAGUCCGACGGCUGGAUGACGCACAAGGAGGCAGAGGAAAUCGGAAAGCACUAUGGUGCCUUUUCUGUCAGUCCUCGCAAAGGACUGCGGGUCAUUUCGCUGAAUACCAAUCUGUGGUACAGUGGAAACCCGUGGAAUUUCAUCAAUUAUGGAAAGUUUGACCCGAGUGGGAUCUUGCGCUUCUUGACGGAUGAGCUGCAGCUGGCAGAGGACCGCCAAGAGGGAGUCUGGAUCAUUGGACACGUCUACAGCGGCUGGUCCGGCUCCGACCCCUUGAAGAACCCCACCAACCUCCUUCAAGUCAUCGUCGAGCGCUACCACUCCACCAUCCGUAACCUCUUCUUCGGCCACUCCCACGAAGACUUCUUCAAUGUCUUUUACAAGUCCAACGCUUCCUCUGUCCUCCCCUCGGAUGCAAUCGCCCACUCCUUCAUCGGCCCUUCCGUCACACCGGGGACAAAUGUCAAUCCUGGCGUGAGGAUCUACGAAGUCGACCCGGAGACGUACGAGGUGGUGGACUAUCAUCAAUUCUACACCCAACUCACUACUUUUUCCUCGUUGCAAGAGGAGAAGCAUGGACCAGUAUGGGAACACCUCUACUCGGCUCGAGAAGAGUACGCAGAUUUCCACGCCUCGCGCGCCAAUGGUUCCUACCACCUCUCUGUCCCCCUCACCUCCUCGGGCCACUGGCCAUCAAGCGAAGCUCUCACGCCUGCAUUCUGGGCACAACUGACCACGGAGAUGUUGCUCCGUCCGCACGAGCUGGUGGAUGAAGCAUUCACUACGUUCCAGGGGAGGAACUCGAGCUUGAGCCCGAGAUGUAAUACGACCGAGUGCGUAGAGGCAAAGGUUUGCUACUUGAGGAGCGGGACGGCCAUACUGGGGAGUCAGUGUCCGAAGGGAUAUUCGAGCGUGCAGGGUGGGUGAAGGAGAGAUGGAGAGGGGAGGCAAAUUGGCACUCUCGCCGCCCACGAAAGAUUCAGUAGAUGUAUCCAUUUGCUGCAGUGCUUGUGUGUCAAUGAUAAAGCAUAGUAGUACCAGCCAAAGUGU